AUGGCAAAGCCACGCCAACACACAGCGAGCCUCAGCUUGUAUGUGCCUGGAUGCAAUUGCAAUGCUGCCAGAGGCAUCAGCACUAUGCCCUCAUUGAACAAGUUCGUCAAGGAGCUGGCUCUGUGGGCGACGGCAAAGGCGAUCUGCUUGAUCCUGUCCAUCUGGGAUCCGAUCUCACCUUGCCUGAGCAGCAGGGCACCACUGCUAUUGGCUUUGCUUGAUGCAACGCUCUGUGGCGAUCUCCACGCACUGGAUGGCUUUGGAAUGCGAGGCGGCCUGUGGCACCACAGGCACUACUCUUUCAUGUCUCGAGCAUUUAGGUACCCAGCCCAUAUCCUGAGUGAUCAAAGAGGCAGGCCGUUCCUGCAGCAGAACCUUAGAAGUUCGGAGCCCCAGAAGUCCACAUCCAAGUGGUUCUCAUCCUGCCCGCGGAGCUGGCUGGUCAUGUUCGUGUCACCACUCAACUCAACGCUCGGGCCAAACUUGGCCAUGGAAAGAAAAGUGAUCCAGGAGGUGGUGGAGGCUCUUCGCAGCGUGCCGUCCUCGGCCAACACGCAGCCCUGGACCAUCGUCGUGGUCCAAGGGGAGAAGCGCAACCAGCUGGCAAAGAAACUCUUGGAACAGUUCGACGCUUGGAGAUGUGUUUUCGAUUUUGAGGGCGACUUUGCUUCGAUCCGGCUGCUGAUUGAAGCUGGGGUCUUGGCUGGAGACACACUUUGGAUGCAGGUGAGAUGGGAGCAGCCGAGCAACUUGGAGGGCUGGACAUGGCGACAUCAAACCUGGUCAGAACUGAAGGACAAACCGUAUGAGCAGCUGCCCAAGACCAUGAUCCCACGGAUGUCGAAGGCGGUGGAGCUCUUUGAGAAGGAAUACUUCGAGCAUUUGGGAAUCAGUGCGGACCAGAGGUCCAAGUUCCGAAGCAACUUCGAGCGCGGACCUCAGUUCUCUCUUCACGGUGUGGAAGAGAUGUUUUGGUCCGCCCCCUUGCACCUGGCGGUCUGCGCGCCCAGCGGGCCAUGUUUGAAGGAGGACCCGCCGGUGGAUGGAGUCUUCCUGGAUAUGGGCUCGGCCAUCACCGCCCUCUCCAUGUGCGCGCACGACCGGGGCUUAGCCGUGCAUUGCCACUGGCAGUUGGCACGGUUCGGCUCGGUCUACCGGGAGGUCUUGGGCAGUGACCUGCCAGAGGACCACUUCGUGGUCGCAGGCCUCAGCUUGGGCUUUCCCAUCGGCGGUCGCGCGGUGCAGACGUCGCCCGAGUUCCUGCCCACGCGGCUCACGGUGGAUGAGACCACACGAGACUCGGUCGAAGCUUCGUCCCACGGAUUGAUGCACCUGGUGCAGUCGCGGCAUUGCUCGCACACCCUCGAGACGGGCCGAGCGGUGCCCAAGGAGCUGCUUCGCGAUGUGCUCUCGGCCGCGAGGAACGUGUUCUCGAUCGGCGGUGCACAACCUUGGUCCGUGACGGUGAUCCAGGGCGCUGCCCGAGAUCGGCUGUCUGAGGCCAUGUUGGCCUACUUCGACGCAGGCAACAACGGAGCUCAGACCUACAAAAAGUACAGCACCCAAAACACCGAGCGGAUGCAGAAAGGCAAGGACAUGUAUGGCUUCGAGCUCUACGAGCAACGCCACGGCUUGCAGCGCGACGAUGCCGAGGGACGCCGCGCCAAGUACCGACCCAACUACCAGUUUUGGGGUGCUCCGGUUCUAUUGCUUUUGAACGCUCCGAAAACUUCCUCCGCUGGCACCUUCAUCGACGUCGGCUCCUACAUGCAGCUGGGCGUGUUCGAUGUGUACGCCAUCCUGGUGGCCAUGCACGCGUACGGGCUGGGUGGAAAGCCCUUGGGCUCCGUGGCCAAGUUCACGGAGCUUUGCCGCGAGGUCUUGGGCCCCGAAGCCAUGCCGGAGGACGGGAAAUGGGAAGAAAGCAGAGAUAGGUGGCACCACAGUGAGCUGCAGCUCAGUUCAAACUCCAUUCAUUGA